AUGACGACUCGUGUGCUUGGACUUUACCUCCUGUGCAUCCUCCUGCAAAGAAAGAGCUGGGUAGCAGCCCGAGAGCUGGUAUGCGAGGAGAUCGCGGUGCCGCUGUGCAAAAGCAUUGGCUAUAACUACACCUACAUGCCCAACAGCUUCAAACACGACACGCAGGACGAGGCCGGACUCGAGGUGCACCAGUUCUGGCCGCUAGUGGAGAUCCACUGUUCGGCCGACCUGCGCUUCUUCCUGUGCAGCAUGUACACGCCGAUCUGCCUGAAAGACUACGGUAAACCUUUGCCCCCGUGCAGGAGUGUGUGCGAGCGCGCCCGGGCUGGCUGUGCGCCCCUCAUGAGGCAGUACGGCUUCCCGUGGCCCGAGCGGAUGAGAUGCGAGCUGUUACCCGUGCAAGGUGACCCUAACACUUUGUGCAUGGAUUACAACGCGACAGAAGCCACGAGCGCACCACCGAAACCAGCAAGGCCAACUCACGCACCGGGGAAAAAGACCAGAACUGGGCAGAAGCGCACGCACGGGGGCAAACACAAGUCUACGUGCGAACCGGGCUGUCAGUGUGGCGCACCGAUGGUGACCCUGGAGCGCGAUCGUCACCCCUUGCUGUACAACCAGGUCAAAACUGGGGGUGUGAAGAACUGCGCAAUGCCCUGUCACAGCCCGUAUUUAAGCGAUCAAGAAAGGACGUUUACGGUAUUCUGGAUCGGACUGUGGUCAGUGCUGUGUUUUGUGUCAACGUGCGCAACCGUGGUGACGUUCCUGAUCGACAUGGGGAGGUUCAAAUACCCAGAGCGGCCGAUCAUCUUCCUCUCUGCGUGCUACAUGCUCGUGUCAGCGGGGUACAUCAUCAGGAUGGUGGUGGGUCACGAGAACGUGGCGUGCGAUGGCGAUUCUGGAGCAGAACACGUGCGCUAUGGGAGCACCGGUCCUGCACUGUGCACGCUCGUCUUCCUGCUGGUGUACUUCUUCAGCAUGGCGAGCUCUCUCUGGUGGGUCAUUCUGUCUCUCACGUGGUUUCUGGCUGCUGGGAUGAAAUGGGGCAGCGAGGCCAUCUCGAGCUACUCACCCUACUUCCACCUGGCCGCCUGGCUCAUCCCGAGCGUCAAGUGCAUCGCCGUGCUGGCGCUCAGCGCAGUCGAUGGGGAUUCGGUUUCAGGAAUAUGCUACGUCGGCAACCAGAACUUGGACAACCUGCGUGGUUUCGUGCUCGCCCCGCUGCUGAUCUACCUCUUCGUGGGGACCAUGUUCCUCCUAGCCGGGCUCGUGUCUUUGUUUCGGAUCCGCCGCGUGAUCAGACAGGUCGGGAAGAAGACUGACAAGUUGGAGAGGCUGAUGAUGCGCAUAGGGAUCUUCACAAUCCUGCACACGGUCCCUGCCGCGGUGAUCGUCGCGUGCUACUUUUACGAGCAGCACAACCGCGAGACGUGGGAGUCCGAGCGCGUGUGCUCGUGCCAGACCGACCACAGGGCCCCAGGCCCACAUUACUCAGUCUUCAUGCUCAGGUAUUUCCUCUCCCUGUUGGUCGGCAUCACUUCGGGAGCCUGGGUCUGGUCAGGGAAGACACUGGACUCGUGGCGCGCGGCGUGCACGCGCUGCUACUGGAGCAGCAAAGGCACGAGCGGCUCCCUGUACAGCGACACGAGCACGGGAUUGACGUGGAGGUCGGGCACUGCCAGCUCAGUCUCGUGCCCACCCAAACAGAUGCCCUUGUCUCGCGUAUGAAAGGUGAUAAUGUGGACGUAGGGGUGUGUGCUGACCCUCGGUUUGUCCUAAUUAACACAACAAAGAGGGUCUAAUUACUCUAAUUAGGAAGUGAAGUGUACCCUGCUGAGUGUACCCUAUUUUGGUUGGCUGGGACAGACAGGACAAUGCUGUGGGUACAUUUGAAUUAACUUUAUAAUUCAGGAAAGAACUGAAUGCUUUAUGGACCUUGCAGUGGAUACAUUCUUCUAAACGUGCCAAGGCACAAACUGGCACAUGCUCAAGGAAAACUCAGUGGAACUAUUAUUUAAUAUGUGCCUUAACUUAUGACAUACGGGUUUUUAUUUUAUGUAUUUAUACAGAUUGUGUUGUUGCAUUGUG